GUGCCACUUUAUAAUCUGUGCGCACGUAGUUAAUGUUGCAUUACUCCGUUCUGCAACGUUUCGAAGAGUGUUUUGUUAAUUUAUAAAGUUUUUUUAUUUGUUAAUUUAAUUCAAAAAACAUAAUGUCUGUAGCUGUUAAAGGUAUAUUCAUCGUGGGCGCUAAGCGCACUGCGUUCGGCACGUUCGGUGGUGUGUUCCGCAACACGUCAGCCACGGAGCUGCAGACGGCGGCCACCACGGCGGCCCUACGCGAGGCAGGAGUCGCCCCCGACAAAGUCGACACCGUCGUCAUCGGUCAGGUCAUGUCGUCGUCGCAAGUGGACGGCAUCUACACACCGCGGCACUCCUCGCUGAAGGCGGGCAUCCCGCAGGAGCGACCUGUGCUCGGCAUCAACAGACUCUGCGGCUCCGGCUUCCAAUCCAUUGUUAACAGCGCACAGGAUAUUCUGACUGGAUCAGCUAACAUAUCUUUAGCUGGUGGUGUAGAGAAUAUGUCGCAAGCUCCAUUCGCGGUGCGAGGUGUUAGAUUCGGCACAGCACUGGGCUCAUCUUACGCAUUCGAGGACACACUGUGGGCGGGACUGACCGACAGCUACUGCGGUCUGCCGAUGGGCAUGACUGCAGAGAAACUCGGCGGACAGUUCGGGAUCACCAGGACUGAGGUGGAUGACUUCGCGUUACGGUCACAACAACGGUGGAAGACUGCGAACGACGCUGGUGUGUUCAAGGCGGAGAUCGAGCCUUUCACUCUGACGGUGAAGAGGAAAGAGGUCCGCGUGGAGGUGGACGAGCACCCGCGGCCGCAGACUACGCUUGAAGGUCUAAACAAGUUACCUCCUGUCUUCAAAAAGGAAGGUCUAGUCACUGCUGGCACAGCUUCUGGUAUAAGCGAUGGUGCUGGAGCCCUAGUGCUGGCGAGUGAGGCAGCCGCCAAGAACCUGAAGCCCCUCGCUCGGCUGGUGGGCUGGUCGUACGUGGGCGUGGACCCCAGCAUCAUGGGCAUCGGACCCGUACCAGCCAUAGAGAACCUGCUUAAGGUCACCAACAUGACCCUCAAUGAUAUUGACCUGGUUGAGAUCAACGAGGCAUUCGUAGCUCAGACUCUGUCUUGUGCUAAAGCCUUGAAGCUGGACCUGGAGAAGCUGAAUGUGAACGGGGGUGCGACCGCUCUCGGACACCCCCUGGGUGCCUCUGGCUCACGUAUCACCGCGCAUCUCGUGCAUGAGCUCAGACGGCGUGGCUUGAAGCGUGGCAUUGGAUCCGCGUGCAUCGGCGGCGGACAGGGCAUCGCGCUUAUGAUUGAAACUGUUUAAAUUAUAUAUCUUAUUAAUAAAGUUCUACACAAAAUAUAUAAUUUUCUAAACAUUAGAAGAUGAAUGAUGAAUGCUUUGAUAAAUUUUUAAAAUAUUUUUUUAUAAUACAUAAUCUUUGUGUAUGGAAUUGUAUGUAAUUUUAUCACUAUUUUGCUACAUGAAAUGUGUUUAUUACAAAUUGUGAUUUACAUUUUUAUACAUAAGUUAAGCUAAAUGUAUUAUGUAUAUUUUAGUGUACAUAAUCAUUGAUGUUGUGAGGUUUAUAUUAAAAAAAAUAUUU